GUUUGAGGUCUUGGUUCUAAGUAGCAUCCCAGUGGACUAUUCCAGUCAGCAACAUUCCAGGUGGAGCUCAGGUUGGCAAGACUGGGAAACUGCAGCCCAGCACCUGGCCAGGGUACCGCUGACCCUGACCUUUGCUUUCCUCACUGUCCUGUUUGGCCAAAAUUCGACCAAAAAUGCCACAAGCAGCACUGCAAGAAGCAACAGGCCUCUUCCUCUGAAGCAUGGCUGCAGCACAGGUGCAAGAAGUGAAGUUGCAAAAAGUCACAGUGGCUUGAUGGUGGGAAAAGCCGUGGAGGCUGGAGAUCAGUGGAGCGGCCCCUCGGGACCCGAUGUUGCCACGGCCAAUAGGAAGUUGUCAGCUGAGGAGGUUUGGCGACUGCAAGGGAGAUCCGGAGUAGACUUCAAGCAGCCGCCGCUGGUAGGAGGAUUUGUGCUUUGGAGGAUGGCUGAGGAGAAUCACAAGGCAGGAAUGUGCAGAGAUGAGGAAGGCCCGAAGGCCCUAGCCCCGGUGUUGCUAUGGCUUAAGCGUUGGAAGAGAGGUGAGCUUCCAAGGAAUGAGCCGUGGAGAGCAGGAGGCACUGAGGAGCCUAGUACAGUCUGCCGAUGGGUGGAGGCGUGGUGGCUGGAGUGUCUCGGAGAAGAUGGAGAGGACGACAGCAUCACCCGGAGAGCCGGAGGGCGCAGGAGAAAGACUGCAGAGGAGGUCAUUGCAUCCGUAGCAAAGGCUGGCUGCAAGCGGAAUGAGCUAUGCAGUAUCGUGCAGUGGUCCUGCGCUCAAGCUGAAGGCAAAGCCUUAGCAGUGCAGUUGGAGGAGAAGGAGCCGAGACCCUUCGACGGUGUGGUCGCCCAUGGAGUGGAGGAAUGGGUCGACGAACACUUGGGAGGGGACAAAGCGAUCAGCACGGAAAAGGCCUACGUUUCGUCAUGGGCAAAAUGGAAGGCGUGGGCUAGGCAGGCAUUGUUUGCAAUCAAGGAUGCACACAAGAAAGCGGGUGCAGGGGACCCCACAUCGAACAUGCACAGGGUGUG